UUUUGAGUCACUAGUGAAGAAGGAGAUAAAGAAGUUGUGGUACCCUAACUAGCCCCCUAAAACACUCCGGAAGAAGAAAGAAGCCUUGUGUUCCAGGCCUUGGCUACACCCACUCAGGACACGUCAAAUUUACGUCCUGUGUCCCUGCAGGCUCUGGCCAACUGCUCUCUCUCCUAACACACGACACGGCAGGACACUUGGAAAGCGGAUGCCUUCAGCCAGUAUAACAACCUCUUCAGCUGUAAGCAAUCAUAUUAAACCUGCAAAAUAAGCAUGUGAACUCUGCCGGUCACUUCAUCAACGUGUGGUUCCAAGGUUAACACCAAUGCUGCUAAUAAAUAAAGCAGCACAUGCUCCCUUGGCUCACAUGAAAUUACCUCCUGCAGUGUUUCACAUGCACUCUCACACCUCUAUUACAUUAAGCAGAUCCUGUACCAUAAGUGCACAGAAAGUGAAAAGUGUGCACAUUAGUAGUAAUUAUAUACAAAGUCACUCAUUACAAAGCAGAACAGGCACCUGUUUUUAUAAUCAUGCCUCAGGGAAGUAUUUAUUCACGCAAAACACCACCCUUCAGACACAAAGAUCAGGAGUCAGUCUGAUACGCUGUUACAGUUUUGCAGCGAGUGAUAGGAACCGCACAUAUGGAGGUUGCUCAAGGAAACUUCUCACACCUACUAAACACCAGUUGCCAGUUACAAUCCCGCAGCGACACUUGUCCCUGGCAUGGGUGGACAGCCUUGCCCUCAAGCAGGCAGGCUGGUUCAGGGCCUUGGGUGAGUCACAGUUUGUGGCAAGCCUGAUGGAGGGGCUGCAGGCUAUCCAUGAUUAUUCUCACCUGCCCUGGUGGAGCUCCAUUAUUCUCUCCACCAUCCUGAUGCGCGCUGCUCUCACAUUCCCUCUGGCUGUGUAUCAGAAGUACAUCUUUACAAAACUAGAAAAUCUUAAGCCUGAAAUGAACCGGUUGGUGAAAGAACUCAAGGGAGAAACAGCUUUCGCCAUCAAGAAAUUCAACUGGGAUGAAACACAUGCCAGGCGAAUGUUCAACCUAUCAGCCAAGAGAAUAUGGAAGGAGCUCAUCGUACGUGAAAAUUGCCACCCUUUUAAGGCCACAGCACUUCUUUGGGUUCAGAUUCCCCUGUGGAUCUGCAUGUCUGUGUCCUUCCGAAACAUGGCCUCCAUGAUGCCUCUACAGGAUGCCGCUGCUCAGAUAUUAUUCCUGGAGCUGAGCACUGGAGGCAUAGCAUGGAUACCAAACCUCACUGAUGUGGAUCACUCACUUAUUCUGCCUGUAGCAAUGGGCCUCAUCAAUCUCGUCAUUACAGAGGUAAAUGUAUUGAGCAGAAAACAGGAAACGUCAUCCAGAAUACAGAAAAUAGCUACAAAUUUUUUCAGGGUGAUUAGUGUGGCCAUGAUUCCUAUUGCAGCCAUUGUGCCAUCGUGUGUGGUUCUGUACUGGGUGACUUCAAGUGCUUAUGGGCUAGCGCAGAAUCUGGCCCUUAUGCAUCCUGGGCUACAGAGAGUGCUGAGGCUGCCUCCUGUUACAUCUCAACCCCCAAACCCUUAUCAAUAUAUGUGGUCAAACCUGCUCAAGAAAGUUUCACGAAGGAAAGUUGCACAGGAUUGAGCUGGUGUACAUGAACAAGUUGUACAAACCUCAAGUGGUACAACUCUAUUCUCAUAUUUAUUUUUCAUUGUACAUAACAUUUUGGUGUUUUCAUAAUAAACUAUAUAAGAAAACCAUCACACUAAUGGGA